UUUGUAAACUUGCACGGAUCGAAAAUAACGUUUGAAAAAGACAGAAAAACACGUGAAAUAUUUUUCCAGAAUGGACGAGGACGCUGUCAUGCAAACAGAACACUGGGUGAAGACUAAAGAGGCGGUCGCGAACUUUCGUAGACUUCUACUGUGUUCCAAAUGCUCCAAUUUAAUGAGAGAACCUGUUUGUCUUGGAAUGUGCGAGCACUUGCUGUGCAGGUCCUGUGCCGGCCCCCAGGCAGGAGAUGGAUGUGCAGUGUGUCACAGCCCUGCAUGGGUGAAGGACAUUCAAAUCAACAGGCAGCUCAGCAGCAUUAUACAGCUCUUCUCUGGGCUGGAAUCACUUCUCAACCCCAUAAUAGAAGGUGACUCACCAUCAAAAGCAGAGAGCCCUGCCUUAAAACAAAAAAAGAAUUUCAAGAUCUGGUUCAGCCCCCGCAGCCGUAAGAUCCGCUGCAUGGUAGAAAAGCCUUCAGAAGAUGUCGCCCAGGACGGCAGUUCAUGCGGUGAAACAGUUGCUGCACAGCCAGACACCUUGGAUAUUCAAAGCAAGGACCUGUCAGUUUUCAAUUUCACCUCAUCCUCCCAAGACUCCAGCUCCAGUUGUUCUCAAACAUGCAACCGUGGCAACAGAAACAGGAAUAAGAGGUCAACAAAGAAAAAUCCUGCUAGCAGGAGGGCAAAAGUGCAAGGUGCCACAAGAACCACACGGAAACAGACCGAGCAGAACAUGAAGAAGCAGAGGCUGGAGGCUAUAAAUCAGCAGUGGGGGAUCACUGAGGAGGUACAUGCCCUGAAGGAGCAGCCAUGCUCAGAAUCACCGAGGAGAUCUAGCAAGAGGGUUUCCUUCGUGAGCCCCGCUGUCACCUCUGACGAGCCUCAGCUUGAUUUGCCACAGGGGAGUACUAAUGAACUCAGCCCUGGCACAGACACCACCAGGGAGAAUCUCUCAGAAAGCAGACUGCAUGACCAAAUUCAGACCAGCCCAGGAAUCCUUGACAGUUUUGUCCAGCAUACUGGUCUGCCUGCAGAUGAACUCACACCAAAUGAUAGUACUGAGAAACAGGACAGCGUGUCUUCCCCCAGACCUUCUUCGAAAAGAUCCAAAUUGGAGGAAAAAGUUACCCACUUAGAGACAACGCCAAAACGUCCUCGAGCUUCCCCAGGCCGUAGGAGAAAAUCACCGGGUCAGAUGACACCGUCAGUGCUCAAUCCUCCAUCUUCGAGUAGCCCCAAGUGUGGAAAGAGCCCCAGAGAAGGGCAGGCAGGCAGCCCCCCCAUUCAAGCCAGUGCUGGAAGAAAAUCUCCUCGUUCCCCUCUCGGUCAUCCUACCUCAGGAAGCCCCGCAGUUAUGAAGAGGAACCACAAGGGAGAGACUCCACUGCAUUUAGCUGCCAUAAAGGGAGAUGUAGAAGCUGUCAAAGAACUACUGGACCAAGGGGCAGACCCCAACCUGAAGGAUAAUGCCGGGUGGACACCUCUGCAUGAAGCAUGUAACCUGGGGCACCUGAAAGUGGUGGAGGUUCUGGUCUCGAAGGGAGCUCUGUUAAACACGCCCGGCUACGAGAACGACUCUCCCCUCCACGACGCUGUGAGGAACGGACACCCCGCCAUUGCCAGACUGUUGCUGCAGCUCGGAGCCUCGCAGAACGUGCUUAAUUUGUAUGGAAAGAAGCCUGCAGAUUACGCAGCAAGUCUGGAGAUGCUGGAGAUUUUCCAGGAAGCCACAGAAGGUGGCCAAUAUGCUAAUACAACUCACAGCCCCUCGAUGGUCUCUCUACAUGACAAUGUAACCAACUGUGCGGGUAAGAAUGAUAUGACGGUGGUGGUCCUUGCCAGCAAUCUGUCACACACAGAACAGCGUCAACUUGCCAAAUUGGGACAGUUGCUGGGAUGGAGGAUGGCUGACACUUUUACUGGCACAGUGAGCCAUGUUGUGGUGCCAGAGGGACAUAUGCCCACCACCUACACCACCCUCCGGGGCCUUCUUGCUGGGUGCUGGAUUGUCAAAUACAGCUGGGUGGAGGCAUGUCUGCAGGCGGGUGAAUGGAUGCCCGAAAUUCAGCAUGAAGCCGGAGAAGGCCCCCAGCGAAGUCGCAUCAACAGAUGUAGCUUGCUCCCGUCGCUCUUCGAUGGCUGUUUCUUCUUCCUCCUGGGUUCCUUUACGACGCCCACCAAAGACAAGCUCACCAAGCUGCUCCAGGAGGGAGGGGGACAACUCCUGAGACGGCAGCCCAAGCCAGACAGCGACGUGACCCAAACGCUGAACGCCGCUGCCUACCACGCCAUACCGGGCUCCGACCAGGCCCUGUGCACCCAGUACAUCCUCUUUGACCCCCAAGGCCCUCAUAAGCCGACGGUGAUUAGAAGAGGCAAGGUUUGGUCGGCUCCUUCCACUUGGGUCAUUGAAUGCAUCGCAGCCUUCUCCCUUCUCCCCAUACCAAACCUUUAACCCUUAAAGACCCAGUGCUACUUUUGUGUCAGUUCCCAAAUUAUUAUUUUUUUUGUCUAUAUUUAGCCUU